CAGGAACGCGUGAAUCAGUGCGUGGCAGCAGACUGGGUCGGGCUGGGCCAUCUGCGAAAGGGAAAAGGUGGAAAAACAUCUGGAUCUAAAGGGGGGAAUAAUGUCGGAUUAUUACGCCUGAGUGAGCCUCUAGUUGUGUGUGUGAACGAGAGACAGCGGCUGUUUUCGGGAUUCGUCCGGGUGUUUUCGAGCUUGUUCGCGUGGGACAGUCACGCACGACUCUGCCUUCAGUAUGGAUCAGUCCGUCGCAAUUCAAGAAACUCUGGAAAAGGACGACAACUGCGUCAUAGCCGUCCAAUGUGACGUCCUGUUUGAUGAUAUCACAGAGAGCAGACUGCUGGGCCUGGUGGAGUCUACACAUCAACACGCAAUCUUUAUUUAUACUCAUCGACGGAUGGCCAUAACUGCUGAAGAUGUGUCACUGGAGGACAUUAUACCCAUCUCCCUUGACUUUGCUGUUGUGGAGGUUUCCUCCCCAGAUGAACUGGCGGUUGUGGGUGCUGAUACCAGAGUCAGAGUGAGCUACCUGGAAGAAGAGUUAGAGCUCAGACUUCCCUUUGGGUCUCACUCUCGGCUCUUUCUCAGCGAGGUCAACAGAGCAUGGAGUGAUGUUUGCAAGUUACCCACAAAGACACCCCACUUUGAGUGGAUCAACAAGUACCAAAAAGCCUCUAAAGGACAGGGAGUUGGCAAACAGGCGCUUGCACCCCUCAGCACAACACUCACUAAACUCAACCAGCACCUUAAAACAGAGAAAUCAUCAGACAAAAAGGGAAGCUUAGAAGGGGAGAAAGGUUCCAACAGUGGAGUAAACAAGUCCAGAGUGUAUUCCAACGCAGACAGUCAGGCCAUCUCCAGUCGAGAGAUCCGGGAUGACCUGGUGCACUCGUCCAGCCACACCCCGUCCAACAAAGCUCAGAUACUGACCAUGCCUCAGUUCAACCUGCGUGACAACCUCAUCAAGUGUGAGCUGCUGAAGAAUGAAGACAUUUACACUUACCUGGAGGACUUCAGCUUUUUCCUCGGCACGUACAAUGUGAAUGGUCAGGUGCCAAAGGAAAGCCUCAGACCUUGGCUGAGCUGUACUCCCGACCCUCCCGACAUGUACUGCGUGGGUUUCCAGGAGCUUGAUCUCAGCAAAGAGGCUUUCUUCUUUAAUGACACCCCAAAAGAGGUGGAGUGGACCAAGGCAGUGUCCCAGGCCUUGCAUCCGGAUGCCAAGUAUGCCUUAGUGAAGCUGGUGCGUCUAGUGGGCAUCAUGCUGUUAUUUUACGUGAAGAAGGAGCACGCACAGUUCAUAUCUGACGUGGAGGCUGAGAAUGUGGGCACUGGCAUCAUGGGAAGGAUGGGAAACAAAGGAGCUGUGGCAAUCCGUUUCCUCUUCCACAACUCCAGCAUCUGUGUGGUCAAUUCUCACCUCGCUGCCCACAUCGAGGAAUACGAGAGACGCAAUCAAGACUACAAGGAUAUUUGCAGUCGUCUGCAGUUUCGGCAGCUCGAUCCUACCCUGCCCCCUCUUACAAUCAUGAAGCACAAUGUGGUUUUAUGGAUUGGAGACCUCAACUACAGAAUCACUGACCUUGAAGUUUCCAAUGUGAAGGAGCUAAUAGGCAAGAAGGACUUUGAAACGUUGCACAAUUAUGAUCAGCUCAAGAGGCAGAUCGAUGAGGAGGCUGUGUUUGUUGGUUUUGUGGAGGGCGACAUUGAUUUCCAGCCCACCUACAAAUACGACACCGGCACUGACAAGUGGGAUACAAGUGAAAAAUGCCGUGUGCCUGCUUGGUGUGACCGCAUCCUGUGGCGAGGGAAGAACAUCAAGCAACAACAUUACCAGAGUCACAUGGCUCUCAAGACCAGUGACCAUAAACCAGUCAGCUCUCUGCUUGUCAUUGGGAUCAAGAGAGUAAAUAGUGAGGCCUAUAAGAAGACAUUUGAAGAGAUUGUGCGCAAUAUUGACAAAAUGGAAAAUGAGUGCAUUCCAUCUGUAACCCUGUCUAAGCGAGAGUUUCACUUCAAGGAUGUGAAGUUCAUGCAGCACCAGGCAGAGACAUUUAGCCUCCUGAAUGAUGGGCAGGUCCCGUGUCAGUUUGAAUUUAUUCAGAAGCCGAAUGAGUCCACAUACAGCAAGCCCUGGCUCACGGCCAACCCCCCGAAAGGCUUUAUCGCUGAGGGUGGUUCUGUGGACAUUGAGCUUGAGGUCUUUGUAAACCGCUCGACGGCGCCUGAUCUUAACUCUGGCAAACAAGAGAUAGAAGACAUCCUGGUGCUCCACUUGGAGCGCGGCAAGGAUUACUUCAUCCCUGUGGCAGGGAACUACCUGCCCAGCUGCUACGGCACCUCCAUCAACUCGUUGUGCCAUAUGAGGGAACCCAUCCAGGAUAUGCCACAAGAGACACUUCGUCAGCUGGCGGACAUGUCUCUGGAUGAGAAUGCAGCAAACAUCGAAAAGCCUCUGGACAUUCCUAAAGAGCUGUGGAUGAUGGUGGAUCACUUGUUCCGUAGCGCAAUCAGACAGGAAGACAUUUUCCAGCAACCUGGACUCAGGAGUGAAUUUGCAGAAAUAAGAGAUUGUCUUGACACUGGCAUACCAGAUUUUCUUCCGGGCAGUAACCACUCUGUGGCAGAGGCGUUGCUUCUCUUCCUUGAUGCCCUCCCAGAGCCUGUGGUUCCUUACUCCUUUUACCAGCAGUGCCUAGAAAGCUGCUACAACGCCAGUCAGUGUGAGAAAAUUAUUUCCAUGCUACCUCGGUGCCAUCAAAAUGUGUUCAAUUACUUAGCUGCCUUUCUGCGAGAACUAUUGAAGAACUCUGCUAGCAAUCGAUUAGAUGUCAAUAUCUUGACCACCAUUUUCGCCUCCUUGCUCUUGAAGUCGCAGAAGAAGCAGGAUCUUGCUGAAAAGAGGAAGACUCAGGAGUUCUUUCAACACUUCCUGGCCCAGACCUCCUCAUAGAUGGAAGAUUUCUCCAUCUGAUUCUCCAGGCUGAAGCUGAACACUAAAAACUCUACUGUUCAGUAUUUGAAAUGAACUAAUGAAUUGUUAUAUUCUUGGAUGGCUCUUUGUAUAGAUAAGUAUAAUUAUUGUAUGUGAUAGUUCUGAUCUGAUGUUAGUUUUUGUGUAAAGCAAAGUUCUCAAUGGACAGAGAUUAUCGUGUUCCUUUCAGCUGUAGACCUAAUAAUGUCUAAUGUAUCUAUAUUUUAUUUAAAAAAAAUAAGAAAAAAAUAAUUUGUAUCAUAACGUUUUAGAUCUCAAAUGCAUUUUGCCUUUAUGUAUAUAUACAUAAAAACAAGAAAGAG